AUGCUGCCCGGGCUAUUCGCCAAACACAGGACGGACUGUCAACACAGAAACAUGGCUGCCUCUUCAACAGGCAAGGCGCAGAACAGAGAUAACGUCACCACAGCAAGCCCCAAAUGUCAUGAGGACUCUUUGUCGCAGUCUCGGGAAAUAAUAAAACCCACCAUCGUGGAGCUGACCAAAGAAGUGAGGACGAACAUCCUCUGCACCGUGGAAGGAUGUGGCAAGAUUCUGCCAAACACACCUGCAUUGAACAUGCAUCUCGUUAAAUCGCACAGAAUCAAGGAUGGUAUUGUCAAUCCCACAGUCAGAAAGGACAUGAAGGGCGCCCAGAAGCUUUACUGCUGUCCCAUUGAAGGGUGUCCCAGGGGACCUAACAGACCCUUCUCCCAAUUCUCACUGGUUAAGCAACACUUCAUGAAGAUGCACGCAGAGAAGAAACAUAAAUGCUCCAAGUGCAACAAUGGCUACAGCACAGAAUGGGACCUGAAGAGGCACAUAGAAGACUGUGGAAAGACUUACCACUGUACGUGUGGCUGCCCCUAUGCUAGCAGAGCUGCUUUGCUCUCGCAUAUCUACAGGACGGGCCAUGAGAUUCCCACAGAACACAGAAUACCUCCAGUUAAAAAACGAAAGCUGGAGAAACUGAUAAGUGGUUCUGAAAAGGAUAAGGCCAAUGGUUCAGCUUGUCAAAUCAUGCCUGCUAGUAAAGAGCUGGCAGAGACUGCUCUCCCUCCUGAAACAACGGUUUAUAUCACAGACUCGGUGAAUCAGAACGCUAGCUCUCGUAGGAGCCUUCAGAAGUUGCUCCUACCAAAGCCCAAGAUGGCUUUGGUCAGUGUUCCGGUGAUGCAGCUGGCCCAUCUGCCCGUCCUCCUCCCGUCUACAGAGAGCGGCGCUCUGAGGUCGGUAGUGCUCGCAGUAGACAGCCAAGGUUCCGUCAGCACCCUUCAGCUGUUGCCUCAAGCCACGGGAGCAGUGGUCCCUCAAAUUGAUGCGAAAAGUUUGGGUUUCAAGGACAGCAUGGCAACUUCCCGCUCUAGCUUGGGGCCCAUUAGCACGGGAGUUCAGGUCAGUCUGGAUCCUACGGGUCCAGAGGACUCGGCCGGCGGCAUGGGAGGACAGCGGGGAAGGAGCACCUCCACAAAUAUUCAGACAGACAAAUCGUACUUGUCAAAAAUGCCCACAGGAGUAGGAGUCGGGGAGGGAAUGGGCUUGUGCUCCAUGGGCGAGUCCUCAGUGUCGUCCUGCUCCCAGACAGACAUCAGCGUGAGUGCCCAAGUCCUCCUGCCAGUCAGUGUUGAAACCCAGACAUUCUUCUCCCGCGCAAAAGCGACAUCCUCCAUCGGAGCUCAGACAGACAGUCAGUGCCUGAGCCAAAUUCCUUGCUCCUCCUCCUCCUCCUCCUCCUCUGUGCUGCCGUUCAAAACCAGGCAGACACAGACACGAUUUGCCACGCCACAAUCAGAGGACAAAGUUCAGCACCAGGCGAUCAUGUGCUCUGACCUAUUUGGCAACGACUCCCUCAGUGUUUCUACCCAGACAGCUCUGGACAUGGACGACACCCUCAGUGGUGCUGAAAGCAGUAUAUAUGAGGACUCGAAAUCCGUGGGUGGCAUGUGUUUUGGGGUUCAGACGCAUGAGCUCGGCACAAACAACAUGGUGGACAACCAGACCCAAACAAUGACAUUGUUAAGCGACCUAGAAAACAUUCUGUCCGACAGCAUGUCGAGCCACCCGGUGCUCGCGGAGUCUUCUGCCGGCUGUGGGUCAGGCCUCGGCUCCGUUCAGGAGCAACACAAUGGUAUAGACUUUGACUUUGAAGAGUUUCUCAAUGCCGUGCACAUCCAGACACAGACAGAGGAGAGUGAGCUGGGAGGACUAGGAGGCGACACGCCGCUGGAGUCUCUGGACAAUCAGACCCAGACGGACUUCCUCCUGAUGGACGAACUGGACCAAAGCGAGGGACCAAUUCGAACGCAAGCCAGCGACCUGGAGCUUUUUGACACCCAAACUCAGACUGACCUCAAUUUCCUGCUGAACGCUGGAAGCCACAUGCCCCUGAGCAGCAUACUGCGACAUUCGAGCUUUUCCAUGAGCACGGAAUCCUCAGACACAGAAACGCAGACCGACAUGCCUUCGUUCGGCACCGGGCUCUCCUCCCAGACACCUGUCAGUCAGGGCGAGCAGGCGAGGCUCCUGAACAGCACCGAGACGCAAACUGUGACCAGCCAGGCAGAAGGCCUGGGGCACCUCUUCCUGACCAGCAACGAAACACAAACUGUCAUGGAUGACUUCUUGUCGGCGGACCUGGCGUGGAAUAUGGAGUCCCAUUUCAGUUCAGUGGAAACCCAGACAUGCGAGGAGCUUUGUGCACUCUUUCAGCACCCAGAGAAACCCAACAGCUGAAGCCCUCCCAGCGAGGCUUCCUAAACCUCUGCAGUCCAGUUUCAGAUAUCUGCCUCUCCCUAUAAGAGGAGUGUACGCUGUCCUCCGGCGGUCUUAGCAGUAAGAAGUCUGCAAAAAUGUUUCGACCAUUCCUUUGGGGGGUGUCAUGUCCAGAGCCUUUCCAGGUGUAUAUCCUGACAGCUUUGCUGCACUUUAUUAGCUCGGUAGACGUGAUUUAUCAGCCCCUGUAAAAGUUUACAUAUUUAUUUGCACAUAAAGUAACGUAGUUGUUUCAGUUGCCAGUUUCUUGUAUACUUCAGCGCAUAACCACUGUGACCGGUUUACACAGUUUGAUCUUACUUGGAGUUUCUGUAUGUUCAUAAAUGUUAGAUCUGCACUUAAAAGGGAGGACAUCUUUACCUGUAUGCGGCUGUCAUGGAGGUUAUCGGCUGUGCAGCAUACAACGGUGUACACUUACUUUACGUACGUCUGAAAAAGUGCACGAAGCCUCCACGUGGUCAGCAGCACAGCAACGUAAAAUAACAAAUCUGCGCUUGUGCAUCUGAUUGCUGUUCUUUUCAUUGUUGCCUUAUCAGCAGCAACACGACAACAAACUCUGUGCUUUGUAGCCAGCCAUAGUGUGACCAGUUGCAGGUGGCUUUGUUUUCCCCGAACACAAAGCCUUCCAAGGACCAAGGCACGGAACAAGCCACUGCUGGUGGGAUGCAUCUCUGAAAUAUACUGAAAUAUACGUAUGUGGCACAAGAAAAAAAAAUGUACAUGUUCAUGUUUGUCAUCUUUAAGUGAAAUGUGAUUGUGAAGUAUGAUGUUGUGUAAACUAUUUAGUGUCUGGGCUUCUGUAGCUAGGCAGUCAGUUUAAGGCAGGAAACAGACGAGACUGUCACCGUCUUUGACUUAUUCAUUAGCUGUGUGUAAGUCUAUACAGUAGCCCUACUCCAUGCUGAAGUAGUGAUCCUGCACACAAACAUAGAGGAUUAAAGCUAGGAUUAGCACACUUGGUGUGUGUCUUCACCACCUGGUUUUGACUGAAAUAAAUAUCAGACUUUCCAUAUUUAAAAUAUUUGGACAUUUGGGUACAGUAUUUUAUUUUUUAUUUUUUUCUCUGAGUUUUUAAUUUGAUUGAUUUUGAUUGUGUUGUUGUUCUACUGUUGGACCCGGUUACCUCACAGGCACCCACAUAUAGACUGUGUCCUUCCAGGAAACACAGAACUAUAGGCCUUCUUUAUUUGUUCAUUUUAGUUACUUUGGUGCCUUAACCCAGAUAUUAACUUGCGUUCUGUUACACAUAAUUUGCUGCUUUAGAAAAAUUAGCAUAUUUAUGCCCCAGUAUGGUUUAGAAAGAACUCGGAGUCCUUUUGGCCUUGGUCUGCAUGUUUAAUCCAGUUGAUGUUUUCAUCAUGGUCGCAUGAGAUAUCGGGAUGCCCUUUACUUGCUCUAAAUCGUUCUUAUGAAAGGAUUAGUUGUCUUAUACAGAAAACUAUGGCUAUACAGCAUGUUACUGGAGAGAAUAACUUUGAUUCCAUCUCAAUAUUUUCAUGGACGGGCAGUUAAUACUGUCGCAGUUCAGAGAUAUUUGUCAGAACUGAAGAAUGUACAGGUCAUGAAACUGUCCAAGUGUAACAUGCUUUAUUUUUUGCACCGUAUCCACCGUAUUUAUGGAACAUUUCUGUGUUGUUGUUGUUUUCAAAUCUCUACUUCUAGUUCAGAUACAGCAUAGUUCAUAUAGCACACAUAGCUCCCUCCAGGUUUUAGUAGGAUGGAGAAAUGCCUUGCUAAAAACAGAACUACGUGUCCGUUACAGUGCUUUAUUUUCUCCCUGUAGGGAGCGCAUGCCGAUAUUUUUCCAGCACAAAGCUUUUUUUUUUUUAUUAUUAUUACUUUUUUUUUUUUUGGUUGUUGCCUGUAUGUGUAGAGUUAAUGGCUGCCUUGAAUAAUUGUUAAAGCUACACUACAUAUGCAGUUAAUAAACUGCUAAAAGUUG